AUGAAUUUUGGUGGGCGAUAUUCCUCGUUAGACCAUGGAUAUCUCCAUCAGAAGUAUAGAACUGCAUAUUUGUUUCUCUUUUUGUCUUCAUUGCUACUGGUGUUAAGGUCAUGUCUUUGGGAUGGAUGUUUCCAUGCUUUACCUGUCCAGAUUUACCAGGCAUGGUUGCUCCUUCUAUACAUAGGAUUAGCUUUAAGAGAAAAUAUUUUGAGAGUUAAUGGAAGUGAUAUACGUCCAUGGUGGAUAUACCAUCACCAUUUUGUUAUGGCCAUGGCACUCAUCAGCCUCACUUGGGAGAUAGAAAGGCAACCUGAUUGUGCCCAGAAGCAGGCUAGAAGAAUGGAUGUUGUGUGGGGGGAAACGGCUAGACUAAAGGGUCAAUUAUGGAUAUUAUUGCCCAUACUCUUUGUCUUGAAGGCAUUUGAAGCUUAUGUAGGUGUGCUAUUGCUAAAAACUGCAUUCGUAACUCGUAGGCUUUGGGAAUGGCUACAGAAGCUAUUGUAUGUUAUCAGGAUGCUGGCAAAGUUGAAGAAGCCAUUCAUUGCUACCGUGAAUAUGAUGACUGCUGCUGCACAGUGUUACAAUGCAACUUUAACUGUUUUAACAGGAUUGUCUGCUCCUUUUAACAAUCUGGCGAUAAUAUACAAGCAGCAGGCUUUGGGGAAACAGGUGGUAUCAGAACAAGGGGGGCCAAGUGCUGAACUCACACCUCCCUUUCCUUCUAGACUUGUAAUAGAAGAUGAAAUAAAAUCAUUCUGUGAAGUUAUGAAGGCAUUUGAAGUCCCAACACCAGUUGUUAUACCUGGCUAUGGAGGUAAAAGGAAGAGUGAGCUUGGGAACUUGGACACACAUAAUUAUGGAAGAGGAAAGCGAGCAAGAGAGGUUUGUUUACUUUACUUAGGUGUGAUCUUAUGA